CCCAUCCUGCAGUUCGGCCAGGAACUGCCCUUGAGAUAUGUCGCUUUUUAUUUUUGCUUUUUAAAUAUUUAUUUUAAUUUUUUAUCCCAUGGAUUUUCCCAAAAUUCUACAUGGACUCCGCCCCGAACUCCUUGGGAUCUAGGGAUGAACGGCCGGACCAGCCAGACGGAGCUUGACGAGCUGCAUAUGGCGACCCUCCCUGAUGGAUCCCAUCACAUCCAUCCGCUGCUGAGUUUCUUGUCGUCGGCCUCGUUCUCCUCUUCUUCCUUCUUCCUUCUUCCUCUAAUGAUUAUUAUUUUUAUGAUUAUUAUUAUUAAACCCAUCUCCCUUUAAACUCCAUCCUAUCGUCUCCCUUCUCUCUCCCCUU